AUGUGCAAACUUUUCAUCGAAGAAGUGCUCGGAUGUUCACCAUUGAACAAUCGUAGAGGCCUAUAUGGUGAUACUAAUGCCUAUUAUGGAAUGGUGGAGCAGCAAGGCAGAUUAGCUUUACAUCUUCAUAUGUUAAUAUGGAUAAGAGGCGUCCUUAGUCCUCAGGAAGUUCAAGAUAACAUACUGAACCCUGAAUCGAACUUUCAAAAGAGAAUAGUGCAAUGGUUGGAAGGAUGCCAUAUGGGUGAAUUCUUCAACGGUAAGCAAUCAGAGAUUUAUGAAAGAAUGAAGAAAAACGAGACAAUACCUGAUCACGAGGAUUGUUCCACAUGUGAUGACAUUAGAAUAUGGAAUACUAAAUACAGAGAAAUGGUAGAUGAUUUGAUAAUUAGAUCUAAUGUCCACGAUUGCGAGAAAUACCUAAAUAAAGAUGGAUGCAGAGAAAACAAAUACAACAAAUGUAAGGCUAGAUUCCCUAGACCCACAUUUACAGAAAUGCAAAUUGAUACUGACACGGGAGCGAUCCGACUAAAAAAGGAGGAAGCAUGGAUAAAUAUGUUUACAUCAGCUCUGACCUAUGUCAUGCGUUGCAACACGGAUGUCACUAGUUUGUCUUCCAGAACAGCAAUCAAAGCAGUUGUGCUGUAUAUAUCCAACUAUAUAACCAAGACGCCGUUGAAGACACAUGUCAUAUUUGAAGUCAUUAGAGAGAUGUUUGACAAAAGAAGAAUAGUAAACUUGUUGGUAGUCAAGCUCGAGAUGGGAGCGCCGAUACUUGCAAUGUAUCUAAUGGGCCAACCAGACCAUUAUACGGACCAUAAAUUCAAAAACCUAUACUGGAAGAGCUACGUUAUUGAAGCCAAGCAACCAUGGCUUGAUGAUAACGAAAAAGAAGCAGGCCAUAAGGUGACACUGAUGCGUCACCACGGCCGAGUCAUUGGUGUAUCUCCCGUUAUAGAUUAUAUGUACAGACCGCUGGAGCUUGAGAACGUUAAUGUAUGUGAUUGGGCUACUAUCGCAAGGAGGAUAAAAAUCCCAAAAUCAAAACAGAGACAUAAUAAUACUGGCAUAAUUGAUGAACAACAAGAUACAACAGAUGAUAGACCAAAAGGAGGACUAUCAUUUAUAGAUGGCCAUCCACUCAAAGAUACCCAUUACCUGGUCGUAGACGACGCAGAUGAAUAUACUAUUCCAAACUUCAUAGGAGAAACUAUACCUCGCAAAGAUAAUGGUGAUAGAGACGAUUAUUGCAUGACGAUGUUAACUCUGUUCAAACCAUGGAGGAUGGGACUAGAUCUGAAACAACAAGGAGAAGGUUGGCAUGACGCUUUCCAAAGGCAUAAAUUCACGGAAAAACAGUUAAGAUUAAUGAAAAAUUUCAACCUGAAGUAUGAAUGCCUGGAUGAACGUGAUGAUUACCAUGCCCAGUUGAGAAGCUGGUCCUACCUUAGUACCUAG